ACUUUGAAGAGUUCUCUUAGAAACGCGAUAUAACCUCGACGCGGGCGAAAAGCUAGUAUUCUAUAUAUCCGUUUUUUGCGUAGGUAACCUGGUAGAUAACAAGUGCCCCUUCAGAUGUCUAUCUAGAUAUGUAGCGGGCACAAGUAAUUGACCUCUAAGGACAUUAAGUAGAGGAAUACAGCACAUCAACAUUAUAGUUAUCGUGUAUUCCCUACAUUUCAACCACAAUGUAUGUAAGUCUUCAUAACAAUAGCUAGUACUUUCCAUUUAGUCAAUGUUUAUUGAUUACGGCCCGAGUCCUAUUAUAGACUAGGUAUAUAGGCAACAAGGUUUGUUUGUACCCUGUUGUUUAGGUUGCUACGUUGGGUUAUUGAUUCUACGAAGAGACGGAGUUGUAAGCGUGUGGUCAUUUGUAACGUUGGCCUAGGUAGGUCACAAGCACUUAUUAUAUAUACAUGCUUAGUAUGGUACGCCGUAGUGCGCAUUGGGUGGGUGUACAAUCGACCAUAUUCCUUAGGUUGACUCACUUAGCGUUCGAGAAACAUGACCAGAGUGUUCCACACAGUAGCACUGUGCUGACGUAUGACGGCAGCAAGUGAAUACAGUGUAAUAUAAUACCGUGAUACAUUUGUGAGAGACUAUAGUGAUUACUUGAGGACUGAAAAUGUAUUUGAAAUAUGCUGUAGUGGCCUUCACUGUACUUCUGGUUGUCAGUGUGGAAGGAAGAAAAACGUCUAGAGGCCGCAGUUCAGGGGCUUCUGGUCGAGGCUCCAGUAGAAAAACCAAUUACAACCCUCAACCCGCGCCUACGUCGUUCAGCAGUCCACAGGCUUCUGCACCAAAACCAUCUUUAUCUGGAUGGCAAGAAAGACCUGCACAAAAAUCGAAUACACAAACUUUGUCAUCCUGGCAGUCGAAGCCAUCGAAUGGUCAGGGUCAUUCGUAUCCUUCCAGUAAUACAGGAUUAUCUGGAGAUAGACCAAAACAACCAGCAACUAAUCAAGAAAGCAUACAACGGAGCAGUGCAUCAAAUAAUUUUGGCCAACAACAGACAAAUAAUCAACCCAGUCAUUCCUAUCCGUCUUCAAAUGGUUUGUCGGGAAGUGCUGGAUCAGGGUCAGGAUAUCCUCAACAGAAUGCCAACAAAUAUCCUCAACAACAGGGAUCUCCUAUGUCAGGGACUGGAAGCCAAUCUGGAUACCCACAAUCACCUGGGUCGGGGCUGUCAGGGAACCAGCCUGGGGGUACGUAUCCCCAACAACACGGACACGGCGCGGCAGGCUCUGCUGGUGCACCACCUCCUUAUUCUGCUGCUGGUCAACCCCAUUAUCCUGCUGGAGCGCCUCCUGCUUAUCCCGGACAAACUGGUGGCUACAAUAAUCACAACAACUAUGGAAACAAUUACCAUCCUCAAGGUCCGCCGCCACCUUACUCAAACAACAAUUAUGGAUCAAGCUACGGUGGAUUUGGAGGACACGGACCUUAUAAUCCUGGUUACGGCUCACAAUCACCUGGAUACUUUGGAAACUAUGGUAAAGGAUACGGAGGUGUUAGUCGAACUGGCAGCGCUCUGAAGGGAGUAGGCAUUGCAGGAGCUGGAAUUGGAACAGUAUUAACUGGGUUAGCUCUCUGGAAUUUAGCCCGUUCAACUGGAAGUCAUCACCAUACCGUUAUAUACGAUAACCGUGGUCAACCGGUAGCUGUCGCUCCAGGUAACGAUACAGUCCCAGCUCCAGUCCAAGAUUCUAUUUUAGCUGAUUUGGUGAAUUGUAGCUUAACAAUAAGUAGCGAUAACAAAACAGAAGUGCUCGCUAUUCCUUGUUCAAUUGCUACGUCAUUCACGCCGGAUGCGGAUGUGAAAGAUUCAGGCAUAAAUCAAAAUGAUUCAGACAAUACAAAAUGUACAAUUACAGUCCUAACAAAAGCUUUGAAAGAAUUCAUGACCACUAUACCAUGUUCGAUACUUCUUAAUACCGCAGCAGAGAACAAUGUCACGGAACCUCCUUUGGUAGAAAAUGAAUCUGAAAUUAUGAACAAUUUCACUAACAGUAAUAAUGCGACGGAAAUGCAGAACAGUACAUUGACUUCAGACAUCCCACCUUUAAAUGAACCCACAGCUCUUAGACUGUCGGGUGGAGAUUUGGUUGAUACAGUUGCGAAUUUGAAUUGCACUCCUCAUUCGGGAGAGAUAAGAGACCCGAUAAAUCCUUGUUACGCUGUUAACCACAACCUAACGGUUAUACCGUUACCAGCAACGGCAGCAACCGAUGCUCCAGUAUAAGGCAAUUGAUUUUGUUUAUUUUCAUUUUUGUGAUGUUUUAUUGCCAUGCCUAAAGAUAGCAUAAUUAUAUUAGUAGUGCUCAGUAUGAUUUAAGAUGUUGUAUUAUAUGGAGUUUUUUUCAAAAGUUAAAUAACCGUGAAAAAGUAUUUUUCUUUAAAUCAUUUUGUGAAGUCUGUAAUCAUACUUCUUAAUAUUUGAUUCAAUACAUUAUGUAGGUUAUAACUUGUAAUAAAUUGCCAUGUUUAGUAGUUCUCACUGUUAUCAUUUCCAAAUUCAUAUUUUGUAAUUUAUCCUAAGUAUGAAUCACAAUCUGAGUACACCCAGGUUUUUUUGUAAACACCACCUAGCAUAGUUAACAUUUGUGGUGAAGUGAUAUAAUCUAUUAAUCAUUUUUACCGUCAAUUCACAAAUUAUGUAAAAGUGGGUUUUUCAGAUUCUCGUUGCAAUUUGCCAAGCAACUCCUAUCAUUAUUAUUGUUUGUUUUCCUGUACUCAUAUCUAUAGCACUUCCAUUUUUUUUUUAUUAAGUAGUUAAUAAUCUCUUUUAUAAUCGGAUUCAACAAUUAACUCCAGUCUUCCUUAUUUUGUCAUUGUCAUUUUGAUAGAAAUCUAUUAUUAAAAGAUAAGCAUAAAUUAUUAUUUUAUUACACCACAUGUUUGUUAUUCAAUAAAAGUUGUAGUGUGUAAGAAUGAUUAAAAAAACCUUAUCGUCUGUUAAGAUUUAUUGUGUACAUGAUUGACUUCAGAACGUACCUAAUUCUCAGGGACAGGGGAAGGAGUUUCAUCGUAAAAUCUAUAAAUUAUUUAUGAGUAGUACUUAGUUUCGAAUAGAACAUACCUGAGUUUGUGUUAUCUCACUUGAAACAAUGAAUUGAUUUCAAAUGUCAUCGAGAUUAUCUAUUUUGGCUUACGACUUGAUUUCAGUAGAUAUUGGUAUGGUAUUUCCAGUGAAAACAUCUGGAAUUUCUUUGAAGUUUUAACUGUUCGGCUUGACAAAUGCUUCACGCUACUGACUUCUUUAUCAAACACAUUAAGGGAAUCGACUUCUUUGGCAUCGAUUUAUGCAUGCACCAAUAAAUAUUCAUUGUGUUAGGAACGCCUUUAAAGUUAGAUCAGCUCAGCAUUUAGGGUCACUCAUAUCUUGAGCUAAAAUGUUUUGGCUCUCACCUAAGGACAGCAGGUCUUUUUGAAUGCAUAUUAUUAUCAAUCGCUUGCAUUUAUUUGUGGGAAUAAUCAUCUAAACAAAAAGUUUAAUUGUGAUAGUAACUUUAUUGUAAUUGGUAAAUAUAUGAAGUGAAAUAAAAUCAGUAUUUUAUUUAGUACAGACGUCAAUAAAAUUUAUUAGUUAUCGUAUCAACCUUUUAUUUCAGGUAUUUAGGAAGAUACCAUUUCCGGAUCCGAGAGGCUUAAGACUGUAGUGACGCACUGAAUGGAUUUAGACGAUACAUAGUACACAGAUAGUUUAAAACCAAGAUAACCCAUAGGAUGGUUUUAUCCCAAUUUUAUGUGCCCGGGGAAUUAUUUUCAAUUUGUAGCGGGUAGCCCGCAGGGCAACAGCUAGUAUUAUAUUUAUUACGGUAAUUUUUUUUGUUUCCGCUCACGAAAUCGAAAAACUCUGCGGAUAGUAACGUCGAACUUUAUGUAUUUUAAUACUCAUAUGUGGUAUAAAUUUCCAGUAAAGAGCAAGUUAGCAAUAAUAUUCGCCUGAAGUCUGAUGUCGCGUUAGAUACGAAAAAAGGGGAACAAAUUACUAUCACGUCUAUGAAAUACUAAAAUUGGAAAAGGAAAUCACUAAUCUUAGUCUAUGAUGGGUGACUUAGAACCAUGGACUUAUUAUAGUUAAGAGCAGUUCGAACUGUCACUACCAAUUGACAGUCGGUGUUUCUUUGACGUUUGCUAUCAGUAUGUCAAUAAAGUUGUAAUCAGUGUUCAAAU